AUGACCUACCGAACCACUCUGGACCUGCUUUUCAAAUCUAAGGGUUUUUUUCCUAACUACAAAUGCGAUAACCAGAAGAAUCUCAUGGCCAUUAUUGGGGGAUUAGAUGCUUCUGCUUCUUCCUAUAUGGCAGAAAGUAUAAAUCUCUUCAAGAUUGCGCAGGAUUUUUUAAAACUUAUCUGCAGUGUAGUCACCAAAUUCUAUCAACACGCCCUCGCCUUGGCCUUUGCUGUGAAGGAGAUCAAUGAGGACUCCAAGAUCUUACCUAACGUCACUCUUGGGUUCCAUAUCUACGACAGUUACUACAAUCCAAGGAUGACCUACCGAACCACUCUGGACCUGCUUUUCAAAUCUAAGGGAUUUUUUCCUAACUACAAAUGCGAUAACCAGAAGAAUCUCAUGGCCAUUAUUGGAGGAUUAGAUGCUUCUACUUCUUCCUGUAUGGCAGAAAGAUUUCAAAAGAGCUGGGAUCUCCAGAUGUUCCAUGGGGCUCUUUCCUUUACUGUUCAUUCAAGAGAUGUUCAAGGCUUUAAAGAAUUUGUUCAAGUCAUCAAACCUUCAAUCCACAAAGAUGGAUUUCUUCAAGACGUUUGGGAGCAAUUGUUUGACUGUUCACUUUCAAAUGAAGAAUCACCCUCAAUGAUCAAUGAAACUUGUAGUGGAGAAGAGAAUUUGGAGAAUCUGCCUGGUGCUCUGUUUGAGUUGCAGAUGACUGGCCAAAGCUACAGUAUCUAUAAUGCUGUUUAUGCAGUGGCACAUUCUUUGCAUGAGGCAGUGAGAUCAAAAGCCCCACACAGAGAAAGUCAAAGGUUUGAAUUUCAAGCUUGGCAGCUCCAUCCAUUUCUUCAAGGCAUUUCUUUCAACAAUUCAGCUGGGGAGAGAGUGUUCCUGAAUGAGAAAGGGGAAACAACAGGUGGAUUCGACAUCACCAACUUGAUCACUUUUCCAAACAGAUCCUUUCAGAAAGUUACACUUGGAGCCUUAGAUCCCAGUGCUCCAAAAGGGAAAGAAUUAUUUAUUGAUGAAGAUGUGAUUGUUUGGCACCCAGCUUUUAACCAGGUACUUCCAAUUUCUCUGUGUAAUGACCGUUGCUCCCCCGGAUACUGGAAGAAAGGAAUGGAAGGAAAACAAUUCUGUUGCUACGACUGUGUUCUAUGUCCAGAAGGGAAGAUUUCAAAUCAAAAGGAUAUGAAUGAGUGUUUCAGUUGUUCAGAAGAUCAAUAUGCAAAUAAAGGCCACACUCAAUGCAUGCCCAAAGUCAUAAUUUUUCUCUCUUAUGAGGAACCUUUAGGAAUCAGCUUAGCUUCUGCUUCUCUGGUUUUCUCCCUGACCACAGUGUUUGUUCUUGGAACAUUCUUUAAGCACAGAGAUACUCCGAUUGUCAAAGCCAACAACCGAGAACUCUCCUACAUUCUCCUCGUCUCUCUUCUGCUCUGUUUCCUCUGCUCUUUGCUCUUUCUUGGCCAGCCAAGGAGAGUCACCUGUCUUUUGCGACAGCCCACUUUUGGCAUCACUUUCACAAUGGUCAUUUCUUGUAUCUUGGCCAAAACCAUCACUGUGGUGGUGGCUUUCGUGGCAACAAGACCAGGAUCUAACAUGAGGAGGUGGAUUGGGAAAAGACUAGCCAACUCCAUUGUUCUCUGCUGUUUCCUCAUUCAAGCAAUUAUUUGUGUUGUGUGGAUGACAAUCUUUCCCCCUUUCCCAGAUCUGGACAAACAGUCAUUCACCAAACGUAUCAUUGCAGAAUGUAAUGAGGAGCCCAUUGUGAUGUUUUUCCUUGUCUUGGGGUAUAUGGUGCUUCUGUCCAUCAUCAGCUUCAUUGUGGCCUUCCUAGCUAGGAACCUUCCAGAGAGUUUCAAUGAAGCCAAGUUCAUCACCUUCAGCAUGUUGGUGUUUUGCAGCAUUUGGUUAGCUUUCCUUCUAGCCUACCUCAGCACCAAAGGGAAAGAGAAGCUAGCGGUGGAGAUCUUCUCCAUCUUGGCCUCCAGUGCUGGUUUACUCGGUUGCAUCUUUGUACCCAAAUGUUAUAUUAUUCUGAUCAAACCAGAGCUGAACAGCAAAGAACAGCUGACAAAGAGAAAGAAUUAA